AGUUGCACAUUUCAUUGAUUAAAGAAGCAAAAGGAACAACUAUUUACGUGUCAGCAAAACCUAAUACCCACUCUAACUAGUAUAAAUUCGCAGUUGCACUUAAGCUCAUAACAGGCUUAACAUAAAAAUCAUAACAGUUAAUUUGAUUUGAGUUUCGAAGUUUGAGCUAAAAGGGAAAAAUGAAGGCGGCAUCAAUUGAACUUGGAGAAGCAUCAAAGGCUAAAGUUCAUGGAGUAAACAGAGGGAUCUCUGUAUUUGAUCUUGUUUUUCGUAUCGUUGCACUUGUUGGAACCUUAGCAGGUGCAGUGGCAAUGGGUACUGCAGAUCAAGCACUUUCCUUUAGCACACAGGUUGUAAAUUUUGAGGCUCAAUAUGAUGAUAUCGACGCGUUUAAGUUCUUUGUCGUUGUAAAUGCCAUAGCUUGUGGAUAUCUUGCACUUACUCUCCCUAUUUCCAUCUUUCACAUUAUGAAAAGAAGAGCAGGAAACAGCAGAGUUUUGCUCAUCGUUCUAGAUGCGAUAAUGCUGGUUUUUAUCACAUCUGGAGCAUCUGCAGCAGCCGCGAUUGUGUCUUUGGCACAUAAUGGGAACCCUUCAACUAAUUGGUUUUCGAUAUGCCAACAGUAUACAGAUUUCUGUCAGCAGUCUGCUGGAUCACUUAUUGGCUCUUUCGGAGCAAUGGCCAUGAUGGUUUUCCUUAUUAUUUUGUCAGCUAUCGCGUUAUCCAGGAGCUAAAGUGUAAACAAAAGAAACUGGCUACACCAGCAAUUGCUAGCCUUUGUGUGAAUUGUGGUUUGAAUGGUUAAUUUCAUCAGUUGAAUUUCAGUGUGUUUUUUCAUAACAUGAAACUUGUAUCAAGAUUGUCAUUAGUUGUAUCUGCUGUUUCAUUUAUCCCCAUGAAUAUUCACAAAUGAAAAGAUUUCAAGUUUCCAUUACAAUGUUUUUUUUCUUCUUAUAAGGAUCUAGUACUUGGGAGUUGGGACCACACAAGCAGAGGCGGAUCUAGAAUUUAAACUCUAUAGUUCGACAUUUAAGGUU